CGUUAAGAUAAACAAUAACAUUUAUGUAAUCAAUCAUUUAACCAGAUAAUCUAUUCCAGUUCGAAUUUUAAGUAAUUUGUAUGUACUACGGCCGGACACUGUGAGUGUUAGUAGUCAAAAAUGGGAUCAUUACCACAAGGAAGUCGUAAUGCACAUAUAAACCAAAGUUAUGGACCAGACACAAAUGUGAUGAAGUUUUAUGUUACUGAAAAUUCAACCAAAUAUGGCAAGCAGUGGGAAAAUUUUAAACCAAGAACAACCAGACACACAGGUACAGGCUAUUUGUCUAACUUCAGACCAGGAGUCUAUUACAGCCAAAGACUGGAUGAAGUGGACAAUCCAGCCAUGGGUAAUAUAGUUGCCAAGAACUAUCACACAGUUACACAGAGGGAUUUUCUUCCUUAUCAAGAAAAUUCGGGUAAUGAAAUAUUUCCUGGGCAUGUCCACCAAACAGGAACAGGCUUCAUUAGAGACAACAAUGUUGUCAAACAUACAAAGAUUGGUGCUGUGAGUCCAAUUGAUGCUUUACCAAGUUAUAAACCGUUACUUCAUCGCUUAAAAGGAAAAGAUCCUGUAGAAAUGGAGAAUCAUGGUUAUGGUCCAAAGUACAUGGUAUCAGAAACCCAAGAAAAGUAUAAAGGAAGAAGAAAUCCAGAUGACAAUAGAAGAUUCAAAACAAUCGGAACUCAAGAGACUACUGGAUUUACUAAUGGAUAUGGUGUGGAACCAAUAACUUACAAUCCAAGUUCUGCAUAUAAAAAAGAUGGAAGUGAAUUUUAUACUACUAGACCAACUGGAACCAGCAUUAUGAAAACAGAUUACCUACCUUCUAGGUACCCAUUCGGCGACGAAAAAUUACCCCACAUUUCCAAUGAAGCUGAAAAGGGGUCUGGAUUUACCAGAGAAAAGGCCAAACCAUUGUAUGUACACAGAGUAAUGGGACAUGCCUAUGAUCAUGCUGAUGAUAUGCCCAAUUUAAGAGCUGAGAAGAUCAAGAAGAGUGAUCCAGCAGAAUAUCUGAAUACAAUUCAUCCUAAUAAUCAUACCAGCGUUAAUUCAGAUAUAUUUAAAGGGGCAAAGAAUCCAGAACUAGAUAAGCUGAAUAGAACAGCUGUUGGUCCUCGGGAAAGAUCUGGAUUUAGUGGAAAUAAUGAACCAUUAGUAACGAUAGCUGAUGAUAGGCAAAGAUUUGUCACACACUACAUGACCAGAUUUUUAGAUGAAAAUCCCCAGGGUAUUGGUAGAGAAGGACACUGUAGGGGAGGUGCACAACUACAGAAAGCUGAUGGAUUUACAAAGAGUACUUCAGUUCAUGCUAAUGAUCCACGAGUAGAGCAUGUUCCGUUGCGUGAUAUUGAACCCUACGUCUCAAGAAGUAUCAAGGCCAGAGAUCCAUUUUAUACAAAUGAUUUACAUUCAACAUUGAUAACUGCUGAAUAAACAAUAACUGCAUAAUUAAAAACUUUUCACCACAAUGAUAAAUUAAUGUUGAUUGUGGAACUGAAUAUUAUGUUUAAUAGAAAGGCUCUGAUAUGAAAUGCUUUUUCGAUUUUUGUUUUUAACACUAUAGUUUCUUGUUUCAGAGUUGAAGUGCAAAGAAUGAUCGCAAACAUAUUUUGUGAUUUCUGAGGCAAAGAACUAUUGAGCAUUUAAGCUUAUUAUUUUUGUACAGACACCAAAUGAUUCGGCGUAGUUUAUUUUGCAGAAAUAUUGUUUUGAAUAUCCAUGACUAUUGAAACAGACUGUGCUAAUUUAAAGUGUGGUAGUUUAGUGUACAGAUAUUAAAACAUAGUAUAAAGUUUU